ACACAGUGUCAGCCUUGCGAUGCCCAGACCAGCAAAGCGACAGCCAGAAGACGAACAAGUCACUCAAUUCUGACGGUAGCCUCUUGAGAGGCUAUACUCGAUUCAGGGGAUUACUUUAACAGUCAUAUACGUCCAAAUCAACGCGUCUUGAGCCACGCGACUUUUCCAUAGCCGUCCGCGCCAAUACCGAAACAUCAUACCCAACGCGCCAACAUGUUUUCCGCGCUACAAAACCCGCGGCAGGCCAUGUCGCAGGUUCUAAACUUUGGCCUCAUCCUCUCAACCGCCUUCAUGAUGUGGAAGGGACUCUCUGUGAUUGCCGACUCGCCGUCGCCGAUCGUUGUUGUACUCUCUGGGUCGAUGGAGCCGGCAUUCCAACGUGGGGACUUGCUCUUUCUCUGGAACAGGAACUUCUUUCAGGAGACGAAGGUUGGCGAGAUCGUGGUUUAUAAUGUCAGGGGAAAGGAUAUCCCGAUCGUGCAUCGUGUUGUGAGGAAGUUUGGGGAGGGGGAGGGCGCAAAGCUGUUAACGAAGGGCGACAACAACAUUGCCGAUGACACGGAGCUAUAUGCGCGGGAUCAGGACUUCUUGGAAAGGAAAGACAUUAUUGGGAGCGUCGUGGGCUAUAUUCCGUUUGUUGGAUACGUGACGAUCAUGCUGAGCGAGCAUCCGUGGCUGAAGACGGCGAUGCUGGGGAUCAUGGGGCUGGUGGUCGUAUUACAACGAGAAUAGAUGGGCGUCUUAAUUUGGUGAUUUGGUGAUUUGCUGCAGGGAGGUGUCACGUAGGCCCAGAGAGUGUCAGGUCAUAUUGUGAACAGUUUCAAAAUGGGUAUUCCAGUGGGUUUUCAUGGAUAAUGGAGCGCGUAAUAGGUGUGUACAAUCAAUUAAUAGCGACUUUUAUGAAGACCUAAAUCCAUCUUGCUGCGCGACAUACACCAGGCUCACUUGGUUCUGGCAGCCAUCAACACGA